AUGUAAAUUAAUGGCCGUUUAACUUCAGGUGAUAAAUACCCUGAAGACAAUAUAGAAAAGGAGGCGGCUGAAAUGGCAUCUAGGAUUAUGGAGAGAGUUCGUUAAAAAUCAAAUGUCAAAUCUGCUUAAAGAAUUUUGGUAAAACCAGAAAAUUUUAGAUCAAGUGAUUAUAAAUCUAGAUAAUCAGAAAUUCAAAUAGGUAGAGAAGGAACCACAUCUAUUACUGAUCGUAAUCAACUCAACUUUGAACCAAAUUUCAACCAAUUCAAUCCACUUAAAAAUGGUUUUACAUCUAAAAACAACUUAAUUGAAACUAUUAAAAUACCUUAAAGAUCAUAGUUCAAAUCUGCUUCUACAGGUAUAUAAGACAUCUUUUAAAAAACAGUUAAAUAAAAUAAUAACAAUUUUUAUGUUCCUGAACAUUAAUCAUAAUCUACUACUGAUAAGCCAGAUAGUACUAAAUUAAUUAAACUAACGUAUAAAAUAUUAUUAAUUAUAAUAGCGAUAGUGUAAAUAGUCUAGUAAAUUAGAAAUUAGAUCUAUAAGCAAAACAUAGAAGAAUAGAAAGUAAUACAUAAUUUAAGUCUAUUUUGAUUUCAAAACCUUAUCAAUUACACACUCCUGUUAAGUCCAAUAAAGAAGACAUAGUUUCAUAAUUAUUAGGAAGUUUGCGAAAUCAAAAAAAAUACUCAGAAUAUAAAAACUCAGCUUAAAAAUGA